ACACAAAAACGGCGACACCGUUUUACAUAAACGGCGCCGUUUAGAACCGUAGAAAGUAGAAACUUGGAAGGCAAACCGCAGGACCACUAACACCAGGCAAGAAAUUGAACCCCCUCACCUCGCAAGUUAUCAUCCUUCUCUUUCUCCUCCAUGGAAAAUCCGGUUUUCGUUUUCUGAAGCUCUGAAGCCUAGGGUUUUUCGUCUUGUUGUGUUUUGCCCUUUUCUUUAUGAGGUUUGAUCAUUGCUGGCUAAAAUUUUACUUUGCCAUAGCAGGCUCUGGAGUUCUGAGGUUUCAAUAUCUAUCUGCCCUCUCCAUUAUUAUUAUUUGGAUUCCAAGGAUUAACUGGCAUUGAGUGGAAAUUAACAUCUUUCCCUCCUACUGACAUCUUUUAACACUUUUCAAUGAUGGCUGUCUCUGGUUCUUUGCAUUUUUCCCAUGAAUUGGGAAUUUGCAAGAACCAUGGACAUAGUAAACAGUUAAAGAGUUUGAUGGGAAAAGGCAAGUCACAUUUAUUGAGUGUCACUCUAUCUUCGCAUGCAUCGCGACAAGAUUCUUGGAGUUUCCAUCUUUCUGACAGUAUAUACAGGCCAAUAAACUUUAUACAUAAUAGAUGCAAUGUUUUCAAGUGCAAUUCUUUUCUGGUACCAAGCAAAGCACAUGAAAUUCCUGUUAUAAAGAUUGCUUCCACAGCAUUGAUGAGGUCAUGUAAUGCUUUGCAAGAUAGUCCUCUUGUACUUAAGUUGGUUCCAGCAGUUGGCAUUAUUGUUUUUGCUGUCUGGGGUCUUGGACCACUUAUGCGCCAAACCAGAAACCUAUUUCCUCAGAAGAGUGAUAAUAGUUGGAGAAAGAGUAGCACACAUUAUGUUAUGACCUCGUAUCUUCAACCUUUGCUGCUAUGGACUGGGGCAACACUCAUCUGCAGAGCAUUGGAUCCAAUCAUCCUCCCUACAGAAACUAGCCAGGUUGUUAAGCAACGACUUCUGAAUUUUGUAAGAUCAUUGUCUACUGUACUGGCCUUUGCCUGUUGUUUAUCAAGCUUAAUUCAACAAGCUCAGAAAUUUUUCAUGGAAACAAGUGACUCCAGUGAUACAAGAAAUAUGGGUUUCCAGUUUGCUGGAAAAGCUGUAUACACUGCUGUAUGGGUUGCUGCUGUUUCAUUGUUCAUGGAGUUGUUGGGUUUCUCUACCCAGAAAUGGCUCACUGCUGGAGGUCUUGGGACUGUAUUGCUAACACUUGCGGGUCGUGAGAUAUUCACAAAUUUCCUCUCAAGUGCAAUGAUCCAUGCAACUCGGCCUUUUGUUGUGAAUGAAUGGAUUCAAACCAGGAUUGAAGGCUAUGAAGUUUCUGGUACUGUUGAGCAUGUGGGAUGGUGGUCACCAACAAUAGUAAGAGGUGAAGAUCGUGAAGCAGUCCACAUUCCAAACCACAAGUUCACUGUGAAUGUUGUGAGAAAUCUCAGUCAAAAGACUCAUUGGCGUAUUAAAACCCAUUUGGCAAUUAGUCACUUGGAUGUUAAUAAGAUCAAUAGCAUUGUUGCUGAUAUGCGCAAAGUUCUGGCCAAGAAUCCCCAAGUAGAACAGCAGAGAUUGCAUAGAAGAGUAUUUCUGGACAACAUUAAUCCUGAAAAUCAGGCCCUUUUGAUCCUGAUAUCCUGCUUUGUGAAGACCUCUCAUUUUGAAGAGUACCUGUGUGUCAAGGAAGCUAUAUUGUUGGACCUUCUUAGAGUCAUCAGCCAUCACCGGGCCCGACUUGCCACACCUAUUCGUACUGUCCAGAAAAUAUAUAGUGAUGCCGAUUUUGAGAAUAUACCAUUUGCAGAUUCAGCCUUUGCUCGUGGUGGAGUAGCGCCUAAUCGCCCGCUGCUACUGAUUGAACCCCCUUACAGAAUAAAUGGAGAAGAUAAAACCAAAACUCAAACUCGCUCAGCACGCACAAACGGGGAGCAGGAUGGUAAGGUCCCAGUACGACCAACAACCGACACCAAAGCAGAUGCCAAGGCUGGAGCAACACCAGUAACUGACUCUAAGGCCAGAGAGACUCUAACAUCUGAAAAAAAGGAAAAUGUUAAGGCUGGAGCAACACCAGUAACUGACUCUAAGGUCAGAGAGACUCUAGCAUCUGAAAAAAAGGAGAAUGUUAAGGCUGGAGAAACGCCAAAUACAGACAAGAAGGACCCUAAGGGUUUGGCGGCAUCUACAACCGACCCCAAGAUGGGUGAUAAAGUGAUGGUGAAAUCAGCAUCAAAAUCUGGCUCGAAGACAGAUUCUAAGGUUGCUGAAGUGUCAAGUUUCGAGACCAGAACCCAGGGCACAAUUUCUGAUAAUUCAACCCAAAAUGUCUCUGAUAGCAACCAACCUAAGAAGGCAGGGGUAGGAAAUGCUAGGCAUAACAGUCCAGUUCCCUCAUCGGAUACUGCUAAUGAAAAAUCUGGUGGUUUUCCAGCCUCCCCACAAUCCAAACAGGAAGAUGAGAGAUCAACAUCAAGACCUGCCUUGGAAGAGAACAUAGUUCUCGGUGUUGCUUUGGAGGGCUCAAAGAGAACCCUUCCUAUCGAGGAAGGAACGGCUCCCACUUCAACCCCACCAGAGAAGGAAUUGGCUGCAUUUCGGAAUAGUAAUGAGUCUCUGGCUGCCGAAAAGGAUAAGAAAGACAACCAGAAGCCAACCAUUCCUAGCACGACGUCUGGUGACCAGUGAGUUCAGCCAGGCUGAUUACUGCGCCACAUGGUGUAAUAAACUGAGCUGCAUUAUACGAUGCAGUUGUCAUUAAAAUCUUCCUCAUUGCUCAUUAUUUGUUAGAGUGCGUGGGCUUUAUCCAAUGGCAAUACAGAUAUACAUGUACAUUUUUUCUUCAUUGAAUUGAAACAUAGUGCCAGAGUUGAUUGCUUGCAAUGCUAUCCGGUGGAAUUCUUUUACAGUA